AUGAUAAUUACCGGAAGUGAUGAAACUGAGAUCUCUGUCUUGAGAAAUAACCUGUCUCUUCGGUUUGAUAUGAAGAAUCUGGGAGAAGUAAACUACUUCCUUGGCUUGGAGGUUGAGAAAACAAGUCAAGGGUACUUUGUGUCUCAAAGAGCUUAUGCAGGGAACUUGCUGGAACGUUUCGGUAUAGGGGUGGCAAAGGAAAAAGCUACUCCGAUGAAACCAAACUUGAAGUUGAAGAAAGAUGAAGGAAAACUGUUGAAAAAUCCAAUAAGGUUUCGACAACUAGUUGGCAGCUUAAUCUAUUUGACUAUCACAAGACCAGAAAUAUCAUAUUCAGUUGGCAUUGUGUCUCAGUUUAUACAGAACCCAAGAGCCCCUCACCUAGAAGCCGCAAAAUGGAUCCUACGAUACACCAAAGGGACUCUCAGUUAUGGCCUACUGUACAAGAAGCAGGUAAAGUUUACAUUGAGUGGGUUCACCGAUGCGGACUGGGCUGGUGACAAAAAUGAUCGGCAUUCAACCUCUGGUCAUUGCUUUACUGUUGGGUCAGCUGUAGUUUCAUGGUGCAACAAGAAACAAGACAUCGUAGCCUUACCGAGCACUGAGGCAGAAACCAAGCACAUAGAAGUUCGCCACCACUUCAUACGUGAGAAGGUCCUGAAUGAAGAAAUAGAGUUAACUGGUGUUCGAACAGGUGCACAGGCAGCUUAUAUUUUCACCAAGGCUCUGGUGAAACCCAAGUUUCAAAGCCUUCGAAAAGCUCUUGGAAUCACUGACAGGAAGCUUGCACGAAGGGGGAGUGUUGAAAGUUAG